AUGGGGAAGAGAAAUGGGUUUGUUGUGGCUUCAGAGAAGGGAACAGCAGAAGAAACAACAGAGUGCUGUGAUAUUGGGUUGGGUUUGAUGAUGCAAAAAACCCACCAAUCAUUUCCUCGUAAGAAGAUGAUGAUGAUGAUGCCUCAUCAUCAUGAUCAUCAUGAGCAGCCUCUGCUUAGCAGUGGAGGUAGUUUUGGUGGAGAAGGUUGUGGGGUUUUUGAGCAUAGUGCUAGUGGACCUUUGUUUUGUAACACAAGCAACCCAGUCACUAGUUGUAUCAGUGAUAUAUACAAUGUUGUCGGUUCUGAUUUUGGUUCUGUGGUGCCAAAGUCUCUGCAGCAGCCUUACUCUGAUCACAGCUUGUCUUUCAGUCCCUCAGUAGGUGGAAUGGUGAAUGUGAAUAUGAGGCUUCCUUUUACCCCAGCUCAAAGGGAAGAGCUUGAGAGACAGACUAUGAUUUACAGGUACAUGAUGUCCUCUGCUCCUGUCCCUCCACACUUGCUUGUUCCCAUUGCCAAGAACCCAUCAAAUGUGGCUCACUUGUACCCAAAUUUGGUAAGAGGUUCAUUGGAGUUGGGGUUUUCUAGCAACUCAGAUCCUGAGCCAUGGAGGUGUAAAAGAACAGAUGGUAAAAAAUGGAGGUGCUCUAGAGAUGUAGCUCCUGAUCAGAAAUAUUGUGAGAGGCAUGCUCACAAAAGCCGGCCCCGUUCAAGAAAGCCUGUGGAAUCAAACCCCAACUUAAUCAACAACAACACCACCACCACCACUAGAAUGAGAAGCCCGAGGUCUAAUUUUGUCAAAAACAAUAACAGCAACCAGCCAACUCCAUUUUCUACCGACAUGGUCUCUCCUACUGUUCCAUCACAUGCCCAGCCCAGGUCUAUGGGUUGGUUCAUGAAGGGGGAAACACCCACUGCUCCCACUGCUGGUGGUUCAAACCAAGAAUGGGAGCAAAUGAUGCAAUUUAAGUUAGGCUUAAAGAGCUGCUACACCAAGUGCAAUACAGAUGUGGAUGUAUCAAAGCAACAAAAUGAGAGCUCAUUCAAUUUGUAUAGAGAGUAUACAGGUGAGAGCCAAGGCCUGCAAACUCAGAGGCCCUCCCAUGACCAAUAUGGCUUGUUGCUGAGCCCCAAGUUGGCUCAUUUGGAAGGAGCCUUAAAUUCCAAUCAGACACAGCAAACAAGGCAUUUCAUUGAUGCAUGGUCCACAACAACAGAGAGAGAUAGUAGUAUUGGUGAAAUUGGCAACAGAGGCUAUGUUUCUUCAAACCAGAAGCUACCCUUUUCAUCUCUUACUCUAUCAAUGUCUAGAGGGAAUGAAACCAAAGAAGAAACUGACAAUACUCAAAUGGGUCUUGGAAUUUUGGGUUCUGAAAGGGAAAAUGUUGGAGAUUUGAAGUCUCAAUGGAUGAACCCUCUUUCAUGUAUGAGCUCACCACCUGGUGGACCAUUGGCUGAAGCUUUGUGCCUUGGCAUUGCCAGUUCCACAAGAGCAACAUCCUCUAAUGGCUGCAUUAGUGGCUCCACCUCCAGUGGAGAUGGUGUUUAUACCUAG